CUUUUCAACGGCGUCAUCUUCAUUGCGCGCAGAACUUUGAGUUCUGCUCACGUGUUGGUAAACAUUCAUUGUCGAAUCUGAGAGAGAAGUCUACGUCCAACCCGGUACAAAAUGGUAACCCAGGAACAAAUACGAAACAUUGGAUCCGUGCUGAAUAAUAAGGAGCGACCACUCAAGGAAAGAUUUCGGGCACUGUUUACACUGAAAAACCUUGGCGGAGAAUUGGCCAUUGAAGAAAUAAGUCGUGGAUUUGCUGAUGAUUCAGCGCUGUUGAAACAUGAGUUGGCCUAUUGUUUGGGCCAGAUGCAAGAUAGCAAAGCUUUGGGCGUUUUGACCAAAGUCUUGGAAGACACAAGCCAGGAGCCGAUGGUACGACACGAAGCUGCCGAAGCAAUGGGUGCCAUAGGCGAUGCUGAAAUUAUACCGGUUUUGGAGAAAUAUAAAAAUGAUCCUGUGGUUGAAGUGGCGGAGACCUGUUCCAUUGCUUUGGAUCGUGUCAAGUGGUUGCAAAGUGGCCAGAAAGUAGAUGAUAACAAUCCCUAUGCCUCGGUAGACCCUUCGCCACCGGCAGACAAGAGUAAAAGUGUUGAUGAGUUAAAAGCAAUUUAUUUGGAUCCAAAACAAACGUUGUUCGAUCGCUAUCGUGCCAUGUUUAGUUUGCGAAAUAUGAGAACAGAAGAAGCUGUUCUGGCCAUUACCGAGGGAUUGAAAGAUUCGUCGGCAUUGUUUCGCCAUGAAGUGGCAUUUGUUUUGGGCCAGUUGCAGGAGCCAUGUAGCAUACCCUUCUUGAAGGAGAAUCUAGAAGAUCGUUUGGAAAACGAAAUGGUACGCCAUGAAUGCGCCGAGGCAUUGGGUGCCAUUGCCACCGAGGAAUGCAUUGAUAUUCUCAGUCGAUAUGCCGAAGAUGAAAAACGUGUCGUCAAAGAAUCCUGUGUCAUUGCCUUGGAUAUGUGUGAAUACGAGAAUAGUCCUGAAUUUCAAUAUGCUGAUGGUUUGCUAAAUUUGAAUAAAUAAUAACGACGACAAAUCACAUGUUGAGUAUUAGUUAUAGGGAUAUUUAAAAUUGUUUUGAUAUGUAAUAUAUGAAAAAAUAAUUAGUGAUAAAAAUAGAUACCAAAAUAAAAAGAUUCAUAAUAAAGCACUAUUCAAAAGUAAUGAUGAUGCUUCUGAGACCCCUUUAAAAAUGUCCCCAAGAAUCGACGAUUUGGUCAUAUUCUUUAAAAUUCACGAAUAUGGCUUUAAGUACAACAAAAUUAAACGAAAGUCUUAAGGACUCGAUAUAUUUAAAAUCGCAGAUCUGAUUCCCAAAGUGGCGGCCAAAAGGUAGAUUAUAAUGUUUAAUAACGUACGAUUUAUCAUUUAAUUUUUUUCGUAUAGUAUCACAUGAAUAAAAGAAACAAAACAAAAACCAACUCAGACAAUAAAGUUAUAUAAAAACCAAAAUAUAAAAAUGACACAUUAAAUUGGAAAUAAAUUGGGCGAUGUGGUAGACGCUUGCAAAAUUGA